AUGGACUCGGACGAGGACGGGUUGUUGGGUUUGGAGGAUUUCGUGAAGAUAGUGGAGGGAGCGGGAGAGGAAGAGAGCCGACUCCUCAACUCUCCCACUCCUUCCCCUCUCUCAACCCUACUUACAUCCGCCACAUUUCGAAUUCCACAGCCUCCGCCACCGAUUUGCGUCGAUUCCACUCCACCGCAGUUACCGCUGCCACAAAAUCGACCGGCGUUGUCGUGUUUGCACGCCAUAUUCAACAAAUCGAGCAGAUCAAAAAUGACAAAAAGAGGUCGUCCCCGCGCGCAAGCAUCGCAGGAAGCAGAGAAGCGGCUAAGAUCAGACAUUGACGAUGCAGUUGACGAGAAUUGUGGUUUGGAGUGAGUUUUGGUUCGGCUAUAGGGAGAUCUUGGUUAAUGGGUAAACUGAUAUUCGGAUAGAUGUUUCAAUUUAAAACUGUACUUUUUCGCAACUUAAUAAGUGCGUUUGGAUAUUAGCUAAUGAUUUAGAUUUGGGUAAAUUGUCCGUAUUCAGCAUUAUAGAUUGUGCAUUGUGUUUUACAAUCUGUGCAUUACUCCUUUAUCGACUGU